GAUGUCGCUUCUUCCGCCAUUUCCUCGUUAGCUAUCUGCCUGCGAAGUCGAAUCAUUCACCAAGAGCCUCCUGUUCAUCACGAAGGUAAAUUAUGUCUGACGAAGGAAAGCUUUUCGUUGGUGGGCUCAGCUAUGAUACAAAUGAGCAGUCUUUGGAAGAAGCUUUCUCCAAAUAUGGAACCAUCUCAAAAGUCGAUGUAAUCAGAGACAGGGAGACAGACCGGUCAAGAGGCUUUGGCUUUGUUACUUUUGAAAAUCCAGAAGAUGCCAAGGAUGCAAUGUUUGCAAUGAAUGGCAAAUCUGUAGAUGGCAGAAUGAUCAGAGUCGACGAGGCUGGAAAGUCUGGAGGCAGGUCUGGUGGAGGCUUCAGGAGAGGUGGAGGUGGCUUCAGAGGAGGAUUCCGUGGUGGAAGAGGUAGAGGAGGUGGAAGCUACGGAGGAGAAAGAAGCUACGGGGGAGACCGGGGAUAUGGCGGCAGCAGCGAAAGAAGUUACGGUGGUGACCGAUCAUAUGGUGGCGGAGAAAGGAGCUACAGCAGCGGGGACAGGAGCUAUGGCGGCGGCGGUGGCGGCGGCUACAGGAGCAGCGGUGGAUAUUCGUCAGGAGGUGGCGGCGGUGGCGGCUACAGGGGGAGCAGAAGUUCGGGAGGUUACGAGGGCGGUUCCUACAGAGACAGCUACGACAGUUAUGCUACACACGAGUAAAAAAACUUCCUGAUACCAAGAUCAUCCCUGCGCUGGCUGUAUUUAAAAAGAUGCGCUCUUCGAAGAUUUUUUUUAUGGUGUUUCCUGGUUCCAGUAUUCCAUCAGUCAUACAACAGAAUUUUUGAGUCCUUUUUUAUUGUGUUGAAUAAUUUUCAGGGUCUCCAUCCGCAAGGCAGUGUGAGAUCCUGUAGUAUUUAGUUGUUGUAAACAUGAAUGACCAUGAAAAUUCUUGUACCUUUAGUUCAAUUUUCCCCUCGUAGUGUUUACUAGAACACAGAGGGUAAAGAAUUAAUUUUCUUUUUAAAUGGCUGAAAUGUGUUUUAAGCUGUAAGUGAAAUGCUCUUGUUCAUCACAGCCGAAUAGCUUCUAAAUUAAAAUCUGUCCUUUGACCCACCAUUCAGAAUGACCAAUCGCAGCAGGGCAACAAGUACAUUUAUUUUUUUUUUUAGUCUUGAACUGGAAUAUUCGUGUUGACCCUGCUCUUUGAAGGAAAAUCAAUUGAAACAAUAUCUUCGAAUGAAGCUAGACUAGCUGUGAUGUGUUCUGUGCGACUUCCUGUCUGUAAUGCAUACCUUUAGUGUAACAAGGUGGGCAUGCUGUCAUGGACUGCCAGUCUCCUGCAGACCUCCUUGGUAUGGCUAAAGAGUUGUAAAUAUUCAGUAAGCAAAGAGUGAACUUUCUCUGGGGAAACAACCUCUGGUGAAUUCAAACUGCCUCAGGUGGCCCGAGGUUCUUUACUCUUUGAAACAUGAAUUUUUAAAAGUAUGCUCUUUGGUGGAUUGAACUUUGAAAUAUAAAACCUCUUAAAUUGUCUCCACUUUUGUUCUUUCUGAGGUGAACUGUCCUGUGUACCAACACCUCUUAAGAAAAAUUUAUUUCUUUUUACAGUUUCUUUUGUAAAAUUUGGCUUCAUGGAGCCUAUUAAACAAGCCAUUGGAAAAAACUGA